UGGUAUCAUCAUUUUCUACAACAAGAGUAAUCAUGAAGUAUUUCUAACAAAAAUUUCUCUGUUAAUUUCUUAGAUCUUUCAUAGAUAAGAUGAUGCAGAAGGAAACAUGUCGUCGAAAGCACAAAUCCUUGUUUAUAAAUUGUGGUGGUGAGGAGGUAACCGUGGGAAAGGCUCAUUAUCAUAACGAUACCUCAACAUCAAAUUUUUUUCAAAGUCCAAACGACGAUUGGGCUUAUAGCUAUUCUGGAGACUACUUUUGGGCCAGAAUCAAUGACAGUACUUUAGUAAGAAACUCGACAUGUGAAGUUUCCAGUCCCGAGGCAAAAUUAGAUAACAAUUUCCGCCUUGCUCCUGUCUCUCUAACGUAUUAUGGGCUUUGCUUGAGUAAUGGCAAGUACCAUGUGACACUUCAUUUUGCUGAAACAUUAUACUCGAAGGGAGAAGAUAACAGCAGAGUAGGGAAACGUGUGUUCGAUGUGUAUAUUCAGAAAGAGAGAGUGGAGAAAGACCUCAACAUAAAGGAAGCUCUUGGAGGACAAAAUGAAGAACUAAAGCGACAAUACACCACCAAAAUACGUGAUGGUUCGUUGGAGAUCCAUUUCUUCUGGACUGGCAAAGGAUCUCUGUACAAUCCACCUGCUAUCAAUGGACCUCUCAUAUCAGCUAUUUCAGUCACCCGUGUUCCCAGAAAACUACGUCCUUGGGAAAUUGCGGUGAUUGCAGUAAGCUGUAUUUUAUUUCUGCUGCUGCUGCUGGCUUUCAUGUGGAGAAUGGGCUGGAUAGGAGACAGAGAAUUACGGGAAACAAAACUGAAGAUCGGAGGAAAACCUUUCACCCUUAAACAGAUCGUUGAUGCAACUGGAAAUUUUAGCCCCGAGAACGAGCUUGGUAGGGGGCGUUCUGGGAUAGUAUACAAGGCUGACCUGCCAAAUCUGACAGUAGCAGUGAAGAAGCUAGACCCAAAGUCAAAAGCAGUUGAUGAAAUAGCAAGCGAAGUUUAUGCUAAGAAGGCCUUGGACUUGAAACAUGACAACGUUGUUACAUUGCUUGCUAGUUAUUCCAAAAGGCACCUGCAUUUGCUCAUCUACGAAUACAUGAAACAUGGCUCACUUGGACAAGUUUUAUUUGGUACAAAUUCUACCGAGCAACUCGAUUCGCCGGAAAGAUCUACAAUCUGCCAGGGUAUAGCGAAGGCUUUGAAGAAUCUACUUAGAUGGAAUCCACAAACAAUUCAAAAAAGCACAGAUUCAAAUCCUAAAGUGCAACUUGAUUGGCAAAAAAGAUUUAAUAUCUGCAGGGGAAUAGCAAAGGGUUUGAAGUAUCUACAUGAAAGGAAGCCACAAAUAAUUCACCGAAACAUUAAAUCCACUAAUAUUCUGCUUGAUGCAAGUUUGAAUCCCAAAAUAUCAGAUUUUGGAUUGGCAAAGCUUUACGAGGAGGGAAAUCCAUACAUUGCAGUUGGAGCAGGAAAACAACUUUCAUACAUGGCACCAGAAUAUGCAACCCGAAGAGCCAUGACUGUCAAGGUCGAUGUCUUCAGUUUUGGGAUCCUUCUUCUUGAAAUCGUUAGUGGGAAAAAUAAUGCAGAUUCUACUGGGGACGAAAACUCUGUUUUUCUUCUAGAUACGGCCAGUAAGUUGCAUGCGAAGCAAGAACUUGAACAGCUAGUUUACACAAGGUUGGACACUAGUAGUGAAAGCGGACAAGCAAGCAUUGCCUUGAACCUGGCAAUAAUGUGCACCGAUCAAUCACCUUCUCUCAGGCCUACAAUGUCUCAGGUUGUGGCUGUACUUGAACGUUCAAAAACCAUUGAGGAUAUUUCUAAAGAGAUCAAUACCUCGGCAUGAUUUGGCGUCUGUCCUGCGUUACCGGAUGGUCGAUAUAGCUUGUGGCUGUGUGUUUUGUUUAGUUUCUCUACAUUUAUGGAUAGUUAUCUCCUUGGUUUCUUUUCCUUGAUGUCCUUGUGUUUUUCAAAGUGAUCAAUACCUUGGAACGAUUUGCAGUCUGUCCUGCAAGACCUGAUGGUCGAUAUAGCUUGCGAUUGUGUGGUUUGUCAAUUUCUCUAUAUUUAUGGAUAUUUAUCUCAUUGUUUUCUUUUA